CAAGGAAUGUGUUACGCUUGGAGGGGAGCAGAGGUCACAUUCAGGAAGACUGUGAGCUGCACAGUGGAUUGUCCACCUCUGGUUUCGCCUUCCAAUACCAGGUAAAAUAUAAAACACAAAUCAGUAACACAGACUCACCUUCCCUAUCUCCUAAAAUAAUUUCUUGUGCUUUUUGUAUAUUUGGCAUAGAAAAGAAAUCACUUAAUUGACCUGGCUCUUCUCCCUAUGUUAAUCCCCUUUGGCUGCCUAUCUGCAAGGCUAAGUCUCGAAGCAUGAAAAUCUGAGUUUUUCUAUUAUCUCUAAACUCAAAACCUCUUAUUUUAUUUUUAAUGUUUUCCCAUUUGGGGGAAUUGAUUAUCUUUCACCCUCUAGCCGCAAAGAACAUUCUAAGGAGUGAAAUGAUUUUAGAGAGAGUUAUGUUACUAGGCAUGGCCUACUAAAUAGGUAACCAUUUCCUCCCAAUUAUAUUGUAUGCUUGAAUUCAACCAGUUCUGCCCUACACAAUCUGAUCAAUUUUUAAUCUUGGAAUUCAAGCAGCCUAAGAACAUAGUUCUUCGGCAUCUGUGGCCUUGUUGGUGAGAGGGGAAAGGUCAAGCUUAUUUAAUUGUAUACAGUUGUGUUAAGAACUGUGAAAUAACCACAAACAGAGAGAUACAAACACACACAUGAUUGCUUCCAACCAAUGCAACUAAUUGUGGAUACAUAGGAUUCAGGUUAAAACAGCGUACAAAUUGUCAAAUCACUUCAUUUCUCUUAUAGUGACUAGGCUGCUUCUUCUAAUUUGCUGUGCUCUUGUGAAGCAGGAAUCUGAAACCUUAGGGGAGGAAAGAAAACAUACAAAUGCUAUUACAGUACACAUUUCUAAGCAGCAGGAAGUCUGUAGUAAGUGUCAGAUUGAUCAGGAUUUUACUCUCCAUAUAAACAACUGCUAUCAAGUGUACCAUGGGAAAAGGUCAGGCAUUCAUCUAUGCUAUAAUAUUUUUACCAAUUUAGACUUAGACAAGACUUGAUGGGGAAUAAAUUAUUGAAAACUUUAAACUUGAACCACAAGUAGCUUUAAAAGCAGAACAGCCUUCUACUUUUACAUCCUUUCCAAGGAACUUGGAUUUGCCAAUGUACAUAAAAAUAUGAUAGGCAAGCUUGAGAAAGAUCCGCCGACAUUCUGGAAGAAGUGUAUUGGCAGCAUAUAUACAUUAUAAACCUCAAUAUGCAAAAGUACAUAUACAUAUAAAACCACAUGUAAGGAAGGAAGUGUGGAUACUUAAUUGCUAUGAACAAUGUGUAGCUGUUCAGCUUAAUAAACUACAGGUUUGUAGAGGCGGGCAAGACCAGAGCUCAUUUUGCCCUACCUCUUAUUCAGAAGUGUGAACAUUCACUUAUCAGUCCCCCGAAUAUGAGCUUGUUGAGUUUACAUUACAAAACAAUACAAGCAAAAUGUAGCUUUAUUGCAGAAAGGCCAUUGCAGACCAGUUAUAUAGUGUAGGUAAAGGUUUACAAUAAUAUAAUAGAAGGUGAGUAGUAGCAUAUGUAAUGGAGCAUAGAACAAAUGGUUAAGGUGCUGUAAAUGUGGAGAGUUCAGAAAUGCAGGAUUUCACUUCCAAUAAGAAACUGCCAUCUAAUGUGGUUAUGUUGUUAUUAAAUUGCCCUAUUGUAUGGCACACUCUUAGCAUUGUAAUUAAGCAUAGAGUGGUAAACGACAUUGAUACGUCUUAAGAACACUCCAAAGGAGCAUGAUGCAUUAAAUCCUUUAUAAUCCACAUGCAUUAAGGUCCCAGGAUAUCAUUUACACCAACUUGUUUAAACACUUAGAAAAAUAAAUGCACACAAAUUGCACACGUUUCAACAAUUACUGUGAAAUAAGAAGCUUCUAUGCAUUACUGAUAGGAAAACUUGCCUUUCCAAAACAAUAUCUGUCACUAAAAAGUACCUGGAGGUUUACUCAAUAUUUAUAUGUUUAAAUUCCUCAGUCAUUAUGAUUUAAGGAAGAAUGAUAAGCCAUAAACGGCAGCAGGCAGCUUGUUUUAAAAAUAAUUGUAUCCACUCAGAAUGAAUGAAUCUGGGGAUCAGUGGUGUCAAAAAGACACUUCCACUUGCCACCAUAAAAGGUUACAGCUGAAUGCCACAUUAUCUGCAUUGAUUUUACACCAUCACUUUAAAGUAGGAAUGGGGAAUCUGUGACCCUCCAGAUUUUGCUAGACCCCCAACUCUCAUCAUCCCUGAGCACUGACGACACUGGCUGGGGCUGAUGAGAGUUGGUGUCCAAGAACAUAUGGAUGACCAUAGAUUCCUUUCCCCUUCUUUACAGAAUACAAGAGUGCUAUAUCCUAGGACAUUGCAACCUAAAAUUCAACACUGCAAAAUUAUCAAAGUAGAGGUAAGUGGAUCCAGGGAUAAACACUGAAAAAAUAUGUGAUUGUUUUAGACAAAUUUAUUUAAGCUUGGUCACAGACUUAACUGCAGUGGGGCAUGGGACAAGAACUAGGGGGUUGGGAGCGAACAAGGUAGCUAUUGAGAAGGGAUUUGAAGUAAGGAAGCUUGUAAUUCAUGUUGAUACAGAAUUCUUAGCGUAGAGAAGAAAUCAAAGGAUAUGUGUUAUCAACAUAUGGUUAAUUUUCUAAUAUUUUUGACUACGACUUUAUCAACCGAGUGGUUGUUUAUAGAUAUGUUUUUAACUCUGUUACACACACACACACACACACACACACGGUAUUCCUGAUUUAUUUGUUUUUGGCCAACUUACAUACAGCUCUUUCAGUUAAUUCCACUUGUGUGAACUAUUAAUUGUCAGGACUCAAAACUGCAUUAUAUACUAAACCUGGCAUCUUGUUCACUUGCUGAAUGUUACCACCAAAUGCUGUUCAAAGGCAGGAAUUAAAUGUUCUAGUGCUGGCUUGCUUUUUUUUGUUUUUUUUUUUGUCUGGGGAGGUCGGUUUCCUGGUGGCCUCUGCCACAGAAUCACCUUACUACUACUAUCUGUGCUGUGCCUUCAAUUGCUAACCUGCUCCUUUUGAAUAGGGUGGUGCCAAAUUGAGUCAGGUUCUGUCCCCUUGCAACAUGUCCUGAUUCAAAUUAGGGAUUGCAUCCUGCCUCCACAGCUUGCUCUCUCUUGCCUAAGCAAGAAACAUAUUUAUCUUGGAAAAAGGGGAAGCCUCAACAAAGCAUGCAGACUUACUAGCCAGUUGAAUAUUGACUAAACAUUGGGAGAAACAUCUUGAUGGUAAGAAUAAUUUGGUAAUGGAACCAAUAACUUAAUGCGCUGGUGGGUUCUCUCCAGUGGAAGGUUUUGAAGCAGAGGCUCAACCGCCAUGUUGGGGCUAUCUAGAUCUGAAUUUCCUGUACCAAGCAGAGAGUUAGACUAGAUCCCUUCAAACUCAUUUUACACCUGCCCACUAUAUCUCUUUCAUUUCCUUCCACUGUCACUUCUUCCCUGUGCUGGCUGAAGAAAGUGGCUUAUAUAUCCAUGUGCUUCAGAUGGAAGUAAAAGAGCCCCUUCCUUUAUCACCAGGCUGUGGGCACUUUGCUAGCUUCUACCAGCUGGAAGAAUAUGAUUAUUGCAGUGGACCAACUGAAUCUGAUGCUCCUGAACUUGCUUGCAGAAUGAUUCACUUCUCCAGAAGUCCCCUCUAAGUUUUGGACUACUACUUCUUUCAGCUUCCACUGGCAUGGUCAAUAAGCAAGGAUAAUAAGCAAGGAUAAUUGGAGCUGCAGUACAAAAUAGCUGGCAAGUAUAUGCUUGGGGAAGACCUUCUUAGUAACUAAAGAGAAUAUAUACAGACACAGCAUAAACAUGGGGUACUUAGCAUUGCUAAAGCAAAGACUAUACCCCAACAGCAAGCUUGAUGCAGCACUCGCCAGUAGUAUGAAUAUGCAAAGGAUUCUACACAUUUACAAUUUCUAGUCUGCUAAGUAACAUGAAUUCAGCCAAACAAAUAUUAAAUAGAAAGGUUAUGAGAAUAAUAGAGGUCUUUGCCUAAGGCACAUUCCUAACUCACAUUAAUAUGAAUGAAAGUUAACCAUGGGCCAGAAGAGAAAGAAUACAUUGCUGUGUGUGUAUGGAGUCUCUGAAUAUUUCAUUUAAAUAUAUAUUUUUAAAAAAACGUCUAGUUUAUCAGAACAAAGACUUCAGAUUCUGUUUUAGAAUUACUGAGGCGCAAGAUAGGACCAGGAAAGUUCACCCGGCCAUGUAUAUUUUACUGCAAACAUGUCAUUUUAGACAUCUUUCAAAGCUGUAUGUGAAUAUGAAAAGCAAUCCUACUGAGGUAUUCUUUGCAACUCCUCAUUGACAUAUUCAUGCAAUGUAAAAUCAAUCAAAAACUGAGGAAGCAUUUUAUGGAAGUGGGGUGGGGGUGGGGAGAUGGCUCCAAAAAAGCCAUCUCCAGGAUUUAAACUGUAUAAAAUAUCAGUGGAAGCUGGCUUUUCUCUCUUUAAAAUCUCAGCUUUAGAUGAAAAUUUAAACAACUAUUGAUUUUUUUUUAUUACAAAAUCCUUAACUAUUAAUGGAACAUUUCCCAUGCCAUGCUGAUGGAUCCAAAUUAGUGUACCAAUUCUUCAUAAUCAAAAUAACAUAAAAUACACAAGGACUUUUUCUUCUGUGCUGCUAGGAAAAGGUUAAAUCUAAACUGGAUAAGGUCUGAGUCAAAAUGUGGAACAGUACAAAUCUGCCAAAAAUCUAAUGUCAUAUUUCUAGAAAUGUAAUAUUUUGCCUUCUUGCAUGUAAGAGUUUGCAUGCCAGCUUUGCACUUUAGCCAGGAUUAUAAUAUUAACAUAAUGUGAGUUCUGGGGUGCAAAAUAUUUUGUCAUAGAAUUGUAGAGUUGGGAGGGACCAUGUGGAUCAUCUAAUCCAACCCCCUGCAGUGCAGGAAUUUUUUGCCCAACAUGGGAAAUUGUCACUUCUCCAUAAUGAGGAGUCUUAAUUCUAACUUCGUGUCAAACAAACUUUUUUCCUUCCACAUACACAGCAGCAGUGGGAGACCUUUUUUUGUGGUGCAAUUACAUGCAACUAGGAAAGUGUGUGUGAAUACUGGUAGUCUGUUGGCAGAGUUGAUUGCGCCAGUCAUUCCAAUCUGAUUACCACUCUACCUCCCAGAACAGUUUUGGUUGGUUUGGAAAGACACACAUGAUCAGCCCUGUCCACAUAGCUAGAAUAUUUGUAUACACUUCGUUGUUUGCUUAUAUUUUCUUCAUGAUUGACUAUUAUGAAAGCUUGCCUUGAGGUUGCUUUUGGGAAUCAAAAGCAAGAUAAAUGGUUUUAUAAAACAAAACAAACAUGUUCCUGGAGGUGAAGUGAAAGAGUGCUUAUGUGGAAAGUCUGUGAAUCUGGGAUAUAAGAUUGUGUGGAAAGUCUGUGAAACUGGGAUAUAAGAUUGUGUUAAGGAAAGUAAUUUUAAAAGAAUUAUGUAUACUUUGAACAUUGUUUGCAAUUGUUGUUUUAAAGACUGCCUAUUUUAAACUAAUAAGUAACCAGCAUGUUUUAAAUUUCCACAAUACAGUCAAUAUUUUAUAGUACAGUCAUGGCAACAGGAGUUAACUAUCUGCUUGGUUGCAUAAUGUUUCAUAAAAGCAUUUAAAAGUAUGUGUUCGUAAAUAAUCUAAGGAGGCAUACUAUGAAUUAUUAUUUUUUUGCCUUUUCUUUCUGUCUAGGUAUAGUACACUGUAAACCCCAGUGUAACAAACUUUAUAGCUUACCAUAUCAAAGUUUAUCAAAGUUUACUUUCUUUAUCAUUUACUACUGUAUUGGAUCUAGCAAUAUUUUGGCAGCCUAAAAUUACCCUAGUCUGACCUUGACAUUAGUAUUCAACAGCACUGAUGGAAGAAUGACAGCUUCUCCAUCCUAGUGGGUGAUUUUGCAAGCUUUUACCUUCAUGACUAUGGAGUUUCUGUCAAACGUGCUUCCAGCUGAAUGAUCACAUUCUUUUGAAUUAUGAAGUGGCUGCAAACUGUGCUAAUUAGGUCCAUAUUGAUGUCACUCAUAAGGAUUAAACAGCCUUAAUAGCCUUAAAGUUAUAUAAAUAUGUCUAAUCUUAAUACACCAUUAUCUCUUGCUUGUAUUUCAUUUAGGAACACAAUUAAAUAGCUCAGAAAAUGUAUGCUCAGAGGUUUAAAUUUGAUUUUUUUUUUUAAAAAAAAGGCUAUUGAAGGAGAGAUACUUUUUAAAAAAACAACUUGCAUAAGUAACAAAUAACAGUAUUAUUAACAUUGAGAAUUAUUAAUAAUAGUUUAAAUAGAAUAAAGGCCAAUGUAUCUAAUCAGCUACCAUAUAUGAUAUUGCCUGGCAUGUUCCUUGGGGUUUAAUUUUUUUGAUAUAGAAGUUCGGGGUGUGUGGUGCAUGUAUUGGUGGGAAAAUAUUUUCAUGUAUUCUUUCAUGCCUUCGUUUCCUCUGUUUGAUCCCUAAAAACCAUUCAUGAAGGCAAGUGGGCAGAAGAGGACCUUCCAUCACCUCCUCCCCACCACAGCUCCUUUGGCUCCUGAAAAACCGUACCUAAGAGUUGGAGGAACCCACAGAAGGUGCCUAACAGAUUUUGGACAAUUCACCCCUUCCCACAAGCUUCCCCAUACAACAACCCACCGUGUUCAAGAUGGUCCCCUGAUCCUCAGGAUAAGCUUUUUGACGGCACAGGGAUUUCAGAUGGGAGGAAAGGUGAGAAAGUCUUAUCUCACUUCAAUGAGCAUUGCUUAGGGUCCAACUGCUUCUCUGCCACUGCACUGACAACAUUUUUCACAGCAUGAUCCCAGAGAAUUUAAAUAAGAUGCAUCAUCAAAAUCCAAUGAAAAAUAGGCUAACAUUUUCUAUCUUUCACAAUAGAUGUUGGCUAAACCUCAGAAGUUUAAAACUGGAAUGUAUCAAAAAUAUGUAUUAUUGCUCAUUCCAUGACCCAUUCAAAUUGUGUCCAGGGCUAAGGGACCAUAUGUUAUGCUUUGAAGCCAAGAGGAAUUGAGUGGUUCAGAACAUUUUUGUGUAAGUAAGGAGCAUGCAAAUAUCACACGGUUUGUUCAACAUACCCAGAUCCAAAACAUUUUUGUCAGUCAACCACUAGAUAGCUUUCUAUAGGAUUCUUCCUACAAAGGUAUUUGCUUUAAAUGUAUUAUAUAUUGUGUUUGCUUCUGGAUAGGAUCCUAUAUUAAAGUGUUGCCACAAAUAAUUUAGCACAGUUGGUAGUUCAUAGCUGAAAAUGAUAACAAUAUAUACUAUACUUUUCACUGUAAAGAGAAACCAAGGCAAAUAUUAUCCCAACCAAUGUUUGUCACCCAGACACAGGAAGCAGGGCAAGACAGCAGUCACAAGGUUUAAAGGUUAGAGUAUGCUCUAUUUAGAACAAAGGGGUGUCUACUCAAUCCUGAUCAGCUGGCUACUCUAGGCAUUUAAAGCUACCAGUGCUCUAGUGACUCCAUCUGAAAUAGUAAUGAAUGAUGAAAUGGUCACACCUCUCCUACAGUGAUUCUAAGACAGCCUUGCUGGUAAGAACAUCAUGCCGCAAUUUUGGUAAAGAUAAAUAAACCUUUUACCAUGAAUGUAUUUAAUGGCAAACUGCUUGGUCAAAGUCAUAAAAUCAAUUUAUUAUGUAAAAUCAUGAGAUAAAGAUCACUAUUCCAUCUCUAAACCACCUAUAUCAGCAUAGCCCAGAGGAUUCUAAGUUUGGUAUGUUUUGGUUUUACUUUCUCCUUUAGGAGAUACUUAGCUGCAUUUUAGUGUGCACAUUAUUCCAAAAGGCAGCAUAAUGGAAUAAUUAAUCAUUUCCUCAGACAAAUGUGAUCAAGUUCUACUCCCACCCACCCAAUGCUACUAGGGCCUUGUGUUCUUAAUACAAAUAAAAUGGAUAUGUAAAAGAGGCACAGUGUAAACAGAAACAGCCACUUGCUUCUCUUCCUUACAAUCUUUCUCACACAUGAAACUUUAAAUCCAGUUUCACUUGAAAUUUAGGGAUAUGUGAAAUCCCUUCCAACAACUCUAUAGCUGAGUUUAAGGUUCAGUUUUCUGCCCCAAAUCCAACUGCCCUGAGCACGAAGCCAUACUGGGAUGAGUAGUGACAGAGUGAUCAUUAAUAAAGUCUUAAUAAAAGGUCAAAGAUGUCAGAACCCCAACAGUUACCUAGAAACUGAGAUGGUGGCUACAGUGUAACUGACAGAGGAUCUUGCCCUAGUUCCUGCCUCCGAGCUGAUCCUGGUGAUCACUGAAAGUGAGUGUGGCUGGAAACAGCCCACUGAAACAGAUCUCAUAGCACCCAUAGCACACCCAACCAAAGUCAGGACCCUAAUUGGUGAUUUCUCCCAGCUCAAGAAACCAAAUACCUCCCACAUAACAUCAGCAAUCCAACAACAAUUCAAGAGUUUGGAGGGAGACCAUGAAGCAUAGGAAAAGUGCCCAUCUUUAGAUGACAGUUGGCUCUUAAGAAAUUCCAGCCUCAGUUCACUCCCAACCCUUUUUGAUUCUAUGGUUCUGUUAUUACUGUUUGUCAGAUUGUUAUCCUGCCCUUCCUUCCAAAGGAGCCCAGGGCAGCGAAUUAAAAAUAUCCAGAAAAAAGCAUAGGACAUGCAAUCUAAACACACAACUAAAAUAAUUCCAUGGUUAAAUCCUGUCAUCAAAAUGCCUGGUCAGAAGAAGGCAUCUUACAUUGACCCUGAAAGACUUUUGUGGAUUGCCAAAGAAGGCUGGAACACAGUUAAAGCAAAUAAUAAUAAUAAUAACCACCCUUCAUCCGAAGAUCACAGGGCAGUUUACACAACAAAAACACAAAAAUAUCUAGCACAGGAACAAACAUAAACAACCCCCCCCCCCAUGUAAAAGGCCAUAGAUUCUUUAAUCUAAUGGGAGAAGAGGAAUGUUUAGCUACCACACAACCUUUUCCAAGAGGGGAACCUGGCUGUGCUCUUCAGUAAUGACUCCAUCAGUCUAGCGCUCCCAUCCCUUUCACCCCAUUGCCAUUGAAAUCACAGGAGUGACAGCUGCCAUGGCAACCCUAUAGCCUUUGAAGUCCUGCUCUCUCCUCAAGUUCUGCUGCUCUUUCUUCUGCACAUGCUUUGCAGAAAUCUCCCUACUCAGUUCCAAGUAUCUUUAGUUAAAAGGAUCUCAGAUAGCAAGGCAGAGAAAGGACUUAGUAUGAGACCUUGGAAAGACACAGCCAGGCAGUCAGAAUAAACAGCACUGGUCAAGAAGGACCUGUGGUCUCAGCUGGUACAAGCCAGCUUUAUAUAUUCACUACCUGCAGAGACAAAGAAAAAAGAGAGAACUGUGUCUGUCAUGACUUGCUUGAGGACUUCCUGGACAACAUUGAACAUCUGGCAUGCUACAGUUGGAAACAAAAUGUUGCACUAGAUUAACCUGCAUAUUUCAAAGAAUAGGAUUCUCAGAGCUAGAGAGCAGUGAAAAGGAACCUCUCUUAAAUAUCUCUACUAUCCAAUUUGAUAUGAAGAGGGGACUGUUGAAACUGUAUUUCUCAGCUGUAUAAAUUGCAGGCAGAACAUUUGGUUAUAUCCAGAAGGCUGUAAGCAGCUUUUUCAGAGCCUGAACCUCUAUAAAGGUAUAGGUAAAGGGUAAAGGGACCCCUGACCGUUAGGUCCAGUCGCAGAUGACUCUAUUAAUUAACCACCCACAUUAAUAGCUGGGAGGCAUUGUAAUCUAAGACUGGAUAGCCUUCAGAAUACCUAUAUGUAGUGGGCACUGUAACCUCAGCUCUUUAAAAUCUAGGCAUGCAAUAUAGGAUUGCAAACCACUAUAGGAUUGCAAAAGAUAUCGAACAUAGGACAUAUGAAUCCUACUGCCCACACUCUGCCUCUAUCAGGAAACAAUAAACAUAAUUAAUGCAGCAAUAUCUCAUUUUCUAACAUUUUCUUUAAGUAAUUGGAAACAGCACCUUGUUAGUCCCCAGUGGUCCUAUAGUUCUAAAGGUUAACUCUGUAAGAUUCACUUCAAUUAGCAAGAUAUUCCUUACAUCACAUCAGACUCUCUUUCAAUUUCAAUAAUCAGACAGUCUGUUGAGUGUGCCAGCCCUGACCAAGCGUGGCUUUAAUGUAAAUUUAAAUCACAACAAAUGUGCAGUUACCAAAGAUGGAGUUUUGUACGCACAAGGUUUUUGAAAAUAAUGGAGUCUUUGUGCUAGAAACGGUUCAAGAGUGAGCAAAUAUGGUAAAGAAGAAUUCAAGUGCAACCUGUGUUCAUCUGUGGCACAAAAGGCUUGGGAAUAGAGGCUUUGGGAUUAUAGCAGACCUGCCAAAGAAAGGUUUGGUGAGAAGAAUGGAAAUUAAACCUAGCAAAGUUGACCUGAAUAGUGAAAUAUGUGGAAGUUGUUUGUUGAGGAAGAGAACAAGACCUUCUAUCCCCAAGCAAAGCCAGAAAAGUUCCACAGAACCUUUGCAACCUAUUCAUACUGAAAAAUGUGGUCCAAUUCAACUGAUGUCUCAUGAGGAAAAACAACAAAAUGUGAAAAUGACUUUUCUGCUUGUAUAUGUUGAUAACAUGAUUUUGGUUACUGCGAACAAAGAUUGUACAAAAAAAUUGAGAUUUUUGAGAAUUUACAUGCUAGAUUAAAAUUGAUUAAUUCAAAUUAGGCAUAUUGAGAAGGGGACUGUAAGAAAAACACUGGGGUCUAAUUUGAAUCUGUUUAUAGUACAGUCAAACCUCUUCUUACGUCUGUCUCCACUUGCGUCCAUUUCACCCAAUGUCCGCAGCAAACCCGGAAGUAACCGGAGGGUUUGCCGCCAGUCGUGCAUGCGCAGAAGCAGCACUCACCACCUGCGCCUCUCCCAGCAACCCGUUUCAACCUCCAGAACAGAUUAUGGUUGCAGGUAGAGGUUUCACUGUAGUUUAUAGGUGUAUAUAAACUAUAUAUUGUAAUAUAUUGUAAACUAUAUAUUGUAAUGGUACCACAGUCUCUGCUGCGCCUUGUUCCAAAGGAAACAGAAACUCGGGGUAAGCCCUUGGAUUCUCGCACUGGGUGGAGAUGGGGUGUUGUGUAACACUAUUUUAGAUGCAUGGGAUGCAUUCUAAACAUAUAAUAUAUAACAUCGAGGCCAUACUAAAUGUGUGAGGCAAUCAGCUGUAACCUUCCAAUCCUCUUCUGGUUUUCUCUCACCCAGCCCAGCUCUCAUAUCCAAAAUGAACUAGGCAGACCAAAGCGAAAUACACUAAUUUCAGCAAAUCUCUAUGACAUAAAUCUGAAGCUCUCUUUUUAAUAUAUUUAUAUAUAGAGGGUAGGAGUUAAUUGUUUCUUUUGAUUUCAGAAUGAACACAUCCCAUGCAUCUUGGGGAACUGUGGCAUAUGGUAUGAUUACUUUCCCCUGCAGAGUGACACCUUUUGUUUAUAUGGACGUAAAUACAAUGUAUAA